GGUGGACGUCACGCACGAGCUGGCUGGAUCGACGUCACCGGCGAGACGACAACCGCGUCCAGGACCAUCGGCCCCCUAGGUCGACUCAGCCUCAAAUGUGUUACGUGGUUGAGCCGUGGUGUGUAUCGUAGUCGUUAAACAUCGCCACUGGGGGGGGGGGGGGGGCGGAGAGACAAAGGCGGCCGGGCGAGCGUGGGGCUGACCACCCACACCACCCCCCCCCUUCUUCUGUGUCGUGUGCCACUUGCCCCGACAUUCUGCACCCAGAAUGAACGACGAAUCAGCGACGAGGCUCCACUGCCCGGUGUGCGACUGGGUAGUGGUCAGCCCGCCGGCGCUGGAGGACCACAUGAAGCGUCACCGGGGCCGCACCGAACCGGUGAUGUACCAGUGUCCCCACUGCCCGUACCGGACGGACAAACCCUUCACCUUGAUGAGCCACCAGCGAACUCACGGCGGCGAGAGGCGCUACAAGUGCCGCGUGUGCGGGGAGGGGUUCGCUCAGCCGGAGGACUUCCGCUCCCACCAGCGGGUCCACGUGGAGGAGAGGCCUCACCGUUGUCCCGUGUGCAAGAAAGCCUUCGCCGAGCCGGAAGCUCUCCGCUCUCACCAGAGGUUCCACGCGGGCGAGAAGCCGUACCGCUGCGGCGUCUGCGGCAUGGACUUCACCCGCGUCGACCACUUCCGCAGCCACCAGGUAAUCCACACGGGCGAGAGGCCCUACGGGUGCACGGUUUGCGGCAAGAACUUCACGCGCUCGGACUACCUGCGCAGCCACCACAGGACCCACACGGGCGAGAAGCCCUUCAGGUGCGUCACCUGCGGCAAGGCCUUCGCCCACCCGGGCACCCUGUCGACUCACGCGAGGAUCCACACUGGCGAGAAACCGUACGCGUGCGACGUGUGCGGCAAGGCGUUCACGAACCCCGGGGGCUUCUACAUCCACAAGAGGAUCCACACGGGCGAGAGGCCGUACGCGUGCCCCGUCUGCGGCAAGGCGUUCGUGUGCGCCGGGGCGCUGAACACCCACCGGAUGGUGCACACGGGCGAGAAGCCGUACAAGUGCGACUCGUGCGACAUGGCCUUCCAGCGGUCCGGGGCCCUGAGCACGCACCGCAGGACGCACACGGGAGAGAGGCCGUACGCUUGCGGCACGUGCGGCAGGGCGUUCGCGGACCCCAGGGCCCUCCGUGCGCACGGCAGGGUGCACACGGGCGAGAGGCCCUACAGGUGCGCGGUGUGCAGGAGGACGUUCACGCAGCGGCGGGCCCUCGCGGUCCACCGCAGGACGCACACGGGAGAGAGGCCGUACGCGUGCGGCGUGUGCGGCCGUUCUUUCGCCCAGCGGAGGUCCCUGGUCGUGCAUCAGAAGGUGCACGGGGCGGCGACGGCCGCGGCGGGGAAGGGGCCCCGAGGCGAGGGCGGAGAGGCGUCGACGCCGUCGGGCGGCGCUCCCGAGGGCGCGGACGGAGGGAGCGUGGCGGAGGAAGGGGAAAACGCCGGGGGUGCAUCGCGAGCAAGGGGGCGACGGCCGCCCUACCGGAGCCGCCUGGGUCUGGGGGUAAUGAAGGCGGAGAGCGGAGGCGGAGGCGGAGACGCGUCCUCGGCGAAGGUGAAGGAGGAACAGGAAGGGGACGUCGGAGGCUCGAGGCGUGGCCGGGGGUUGAAGGUGGAGCCCGGUGGCGAGGUCGUUCCGUGCCGCCCCCUCUCCCUGCCGAUCGUGAAGCGGGAGGCCGAGGAUUGCCACGGGAGCGAGACGGAGCCGCGGGGCGCGCGCGUGACGUCAUCCACGAGAGGAUCCACACGCGGGGGGGACGUGACGUCACGUCGGCCGCCGUGGCGGCUGCUGGAGACGCUGGGUGUGACGUCACGGAUGGACGCAGAGCGCGAGAGUGGUUCACACCUCGGUGGAGGGGAUGAAUUUCCUUCUCGUGCCUCACUGCAUCCCAGCGCCCGAGACAUUAAAAUGAACGAGGGAGGAGAGAUGAAGAUCUACUGCCCGAUCUGCAACUGGGUGGUGAUCAACCUGCCCGCCCUGGAGGACCACAUGAAGCGGCACAGGGGUCGGACCGAGUCCGUGCUGUACCAGUGCCCCCACUGCCCUUACAGCACGGACAAAGCGGCCACUCUGAUCGGCCACCAGAGGACGCACGCUGACGAGAAGCCCUACAAGUGCAGGGUGUGCGGGGAAGUAUUCGCCAACUCGGGAGACUUCUGCUCCCACCAGAGGAUUCACGCCAAACGAAAGCGGCACAAGUGCUCCUUCUGCGGAAAGGCGUUCGCGCAGUCGGAGGACCUCCGGGAACACGAGAGGAUCCACACGGGCGAAAAGCCCUACCACUGCACCGUCUGCGGAAUGGACUUCACUCAGUCGCACCACCUUCUCAGCCACCAGAGGAUCCACACGGGCGAGAAGCCGUACGCGUGCGCCGUGUGCGGCAAGGCGUUCGCGCGCUCGGACACGCUCGUCACCCACAAGCGGGUCCACACGGGCAAGAAGCCCUACAGGUGCGCGACGUGCGGCAAGGAAUUCACGCAGUCGGGAGGGCUCGUCAUACACGAGAGGAUCCACACGGGCGAGAAGCCCUACAAGUGCACCGUGUGCAAGAAGGCCUUCGCCCAAUCGGGAGCCCUGUGCAUACACACGAGGAUCCACACGGGGGAGAAGCCGUACGCGUGCCCUACGUGCGGCAAGGCCUUCUCCGAGUCGGGAACCCUCGGCAUCCACAAGAGGAUCCACACGGGGGAGAAGCCAUACGGUUGCCCCACGUGCGGGAAGUCGUUCACGCACUCGGGAGCCCUCCGCAUCCACCAGAGGACACACGCCGGUGGGAAGCCCUGCAAGUGCACAAAGUGCUGGGGACACGUUGACGUUUUCGGCUCGCCUCCGCGCUCCCAGGGGAACGUGCCGGGGCAGGAGACGCCACGAGUGCGCCACGUGCAGGGGGGCAUCCGCCGAGUCCAAAGACCCCGAGGACGAAACCGCGACUCCCUCCGGGGAGGUGGAGGUGACCGUUGAGGAUGAGAGUCCCGCGGUGGCGCGGGGGCGCGAAGAAAACCCCAAUUUUGAGACGUGGCCGGGGGUUAAGGUGGAAUGUGGACCCGAGCCUCCUUCGACCUCCCUGUCAAUUGUAAAGCGGGAAUGUGACGAAGGGGCCUGCUCUGAGGCACGGUCGAGGGUGAAGGUGGAACGUGAAGGUAGCGAUGGUCCUUCCAUCUCGCCGUCGAUCGUGAAGCAGGAGCGUGAAGAACGACCCGGCUCAGAAACGUGGUCAGGGGUGAAGGUAGAAGGUGGAGGUGACGGUGCCUCGUUUCCCUGCUCGAUCGUGAAGCGUGAACGGGAAGGAAGCCCCGGCUGUGAGACACGGCUGCUGUGAAGGUGGCACACGGGAGACCGAGUCUCUGCUUUGGGAACGGAUGUUGAGGUCUCCGUGGGAAGGUGAAGGAGGAGGGGACUACAAAAGGAAGCAUGUCGAGUGAGAGUGAGUCCUCGACUGGGACCUUUAUUAAUUUGGUGGCGCAGGUGGAGGAUGUGGGCUACACAGAGGGGCAGGUCUCGUGGGGCGGAGAUGAAACACUCGAGAAGCUGACCGGGAGAGGAAAAUGUUGAGAAAAUACCAUCCGAUACAUCGGCCAUUGGAAAGCACGAGCGUGUCUGCACGAGUGAACAGAAUGGAUGGAAAAACUAUCACGAAGUGUUGGAAGAUACGAGAAAUAAGUCCUGUGCCGGUGGACCGCUGGAGUCAUAAGUAAUGACACAAAUAAAAGGUGACACCUCAUGGAACUCUGUAAAGAACUGCGACGUGAUGCGUGGCAGCUGUUGAGUAGAGUUGGCUCUUGGUGGUUAUUGGACCUCCCAAAUAGUGGGGUUUCUACUGAAGCUACACCAAUGAGUUGUUAUUGAUAAGACUACUAGAUACGGAUUCGCCUUCUUAAGAAGUAUAACGACCGACACUAUUUGUGGAGACUUCGCGACGGCUGGCCAGUGAGUCCUAUUCUGGGACAGAAGUCCCUGGGCAAUGAGUGAUUGGCAAGGAACGAAGACACUCGGGUGCCUGGCCAGUUAAUCGUCAAUCUGGGGGGCAAACCCCUGGGCAGAGAUUAUGGAGGAGACUCAAUGAUUGGUCAGCGAGUCAUCUUCUGGAGAAAAAGUCCCUGGGCAAUGAGUGAUUGGCAAGGAACGAAGACACUCGGGUGCCUGGCCAGUUAAUCGUCAACCUGGGGGCAAACCCCUGGGCAGAUUAGAGAGGAGACUAGGAGAUGAUUGGUCAGUGAGUCCUAUUCUGGGACAGAAGCCCCUGGGCAAUGAGUGAUUGGCAAGGAACGAAGACACUCGGGUGCCUGGCCAGUUAAUCGUCAAUCUGGGGGGCAAACCCCUGGGCAGAGAUUAGGGAGGAGACUCAAUGAUUGGUCAGUGAGUCGUCGUUUGGAACAAAAGCUCCUUGGCAAUGACUGGCAAGAAACGAGCGACAGGGGAUAAAAGAGAGCGAGAGACAGAGGUCGCAAACGGGUUUUGAUUCCUUACCCGUACCCGGCCGCACCAGGGUCCCAAACGGGUACACGUACCCGUACCCGGCUGGGUACGGGUAGCCGGGUAUCGGGUAGGGUACGGGUAUCGGGUACCCGGUUGCGACCUCUGGCGAGA